AGUAGAAGAAGAAGUGAUGCCGCUAAACAUGGUUGCUUCCCUGCAGGGCUAGUAAAAUCAUUUAGCUUAUAGAAUAUUUUACAGCUGCAACAUUAUUAAGUCAUUCAGAAUUGUAGCAAUACAUAACCGUGGCCACGACGAAAUAGAGAGUCUCUGUAGCUGUGUGUAAGAUUUAGAGUUUAAACUUUGAAGACCAUGUUGUUCACAUUGUGAAAGAAGCAGAACAGCAUCAUGGAUGUUUCUUCAGAGGAGGGGGACAGUGAAACCCCCCAUGUCAUCGACAUGACCACCAGUGAAAAGGUGGUUGAUCUUCUGAAUCAGGCUGCCUUGACACCCACGGAUGAAAAACUCACAGGGCUCAAACAGGUCCAGGAGCUCAUCCUAAACAAGGAUCCCUCUCUUCUUGACAACUUCUUGGAUGAGAUGAUCGCCUUUCAGACUGACAAGUCUAUCGAAGUGAGAAAAUAUGUCAUCGGCUUCAUAGAGGAAGCUUGUAAACGAGACAAUGAGCUCCUUCUCAGGCUGAUCGCCAACCUCAACAUGUUGCUGAAGGACGAAAGUGUGAAUGUGGUGAAGAAGGCGAUCCUCACACUCACCCAGCUCUACAAAGUUACUCUACAGUGGUUGGUGCGAUCCAAAGCGGUAUCAGAGAGGCAGGAGGCAUGCUGGGAUCUGGUCACACAGAUGAAAGGGGACGUUCUGGCCCUGCUGGACUCUGAAAACGACGGUGUACGCACUCAUGCCAUCAAGUUCACAGAAUCAUUAAUCAUCACUCUGUCACCGCGGACAUCAGACUCUGACGUCCCCAAACGGCAGGAGGGCGACAUCAGCCUGGACAAAGUUCCCAAAGAUCACUCAUACAUCCGCUACGAUGUUUUGUGCGAGGAGGGAAAGAAUGCACUGGAGAGGCUGCUCAAGUUCAUGGUGCACCCGGCCAUCACCAGCAUCAACCUCACCACAGCACUGGGCUCCCUGGCCACCAUCGCCCGCCAGAGGCCGAUGUUCAUGUCCGAGGUGGUGCAGGCAUAUGAGAUGCUGCAUGCAAACCUGCCUCCCACUCUGGCCAAGUCUCAGGUCAGCAGCGUGCGAAAGAAUCUGAAGCUGCACUUGGUGGCGGUCUUGAAGCACCCCUGCAGCCUGGAGUUUCAGGGUCAGAUUGGCACCCUGCUGCUGGACCUGGGGAUGCCGCAGAGUGAAAUAACCCGAUCAACACCUGCACCGCGUGAGCAGCGCAAGAGACCUCGCCAUGAACAAUACAAAGAGGGGAAAAAGGUCAAGAUGGAGCCAGCUCUGAUGGAAGAUGAUGAGGACAAAGAGGAGCCGGCCCCUCUCUCUGUCCCUAAACCAGCUGCUGUUCCAGUCGUUCAGUCCGCCAUCGACCUCACAGCCGAGUUCCUGCACCCACUGCUCAACCCAGAGAACGUCGCCAACCUGGUGCUCAUCAGCAUGGUGUACCUGCCUGAUGUCAUGCCAGCAUCCUUCCAGGCCACAUACACACCUGUAGAGUCAGCAGGCACCGACGCCCAAAUCAAACAUCUGGCCAGGCUCAUGGCAACGCAGAUGACUGCAGCUGGGAUUGGUCCAGGACUUGAGCAGUGCAAAGCCAGAGAGGACGAAGCAGGCAAAGAUGAGGGCAACGACGACGACGCCGCUGGUAAAGACCUCCUCAUCAAGCGCAAAAAUCCAGCUGCGAUGAUGGGACAGGCGAUCUCUGUGGUCGGGGGAUACCAAGAAAAGGUUACAUCCCCGGAGGCUCCUGUCACAGUCAAGAGGCUCCCCGAACCCAUCCUUCCUACGGCGCAAACAAAACUGCCAGGAGCGAGUGGGAGGAAAAAAGUGUUUCGACUGUCUGAUGUUGUCCAGCCGCUAUCGGACGCUCAGAUUGAAAUGUUGACCUCCAGAGCAGUGAAACGCAUCCUGAAUUCAGAGAAAGCAAUCACUCAGAGCGGCAUGUCUCAUGUCAGAGUGAAGCUCCUCUCCAGGCUUGUCACGCAGUUCGAAGGGAUGAUGAAAGAAGACGUGCUGGGAUUUAUUUUGGAUGACAUCAGGACGAGGAGCGACCUGGCCUUCUCUCUCCUCUACCAAGAGUACAACACUUACCUCAGCCAGCUGCCCACCGGGCUGCUGGACAGCUACGACCACUGUCUCUACACGCUGCUGUCAGGCCUGCAGGAGAAACCCGAGCAGAGAGACGGACUCUUCACCAAACUGGUCCUGGAGGCUCCCCUUAUAACAGAAUCAGCUUUGGAAGUAAUACGCCGUUACUGUGAGGACGAGUCUCGGGUGUAUCUGGGCAUGACGACUCUGAAGGAGCUCAUCGUCAAACGGCCCUCCAGGCAGUUUCAGUAUCUGCACGUACUUCUGGAUCUGAGCUCGCAUGAGAAAGAGAAGGUGCGGACCACUGCCUUGGCUUUUCUUAAGCGCAUGUACGAGAAGGACCAGCUCAGGGACUACAUCGAGAAGUUUGCUCUGAACUACAUGCAGCUUCUGGUCCAUCCCAACCCUCCGUCUCUGCUCUUUGGGGCCGACAAAGACACAGAGGUGGCCGCCCCCUGGACUGAAGAGACGGUGAGGCAGUGUUUGUUCCUCUACCUGUCCCUGCUGCCUCUGAACCACCGGCUGGUCCACGAGCUGGCUUCUGUCUACACCGAGGCCAUCGCUGACAUCAAGCGCAGCGUGCUACGAGCGAUAGAGCAGCCGAUCCGUGGGAUGGGGAUGAACUCUCCUGAGCUGCUGCUUUUGGUUGAAAACUGUCCUAAAGGGGCGGAGACGUUAGUCACUCGCUGUCUGCACAUUUUGACCGAUAAAGUGCCUCCGUCUCCUGAGCUGGUGGAGAGGGUGAGAGACCUUUACCACAAACGAGUGCCGGAUGUUCGCUUCCUCAUUCCAGUCAUAAAUGGCCUAGAAAAGAACGAAGUCAUCCAGGCUCUGCCCAAGCUGAUUAAACUCAACCCGAUAGUAGUGAAGGAGGUUUUCAACCGUCUAUUGGGCACUCAGCACAGUGAGGGCAGUUCAUCUGUGUCCCCUCUCACGCCAGGAGACCUGCUCAUUGCCUUACACAACAUCGACUCGACCAAAUGUGACAUGAAGUCCAUCAUCAAAGCCACCAACCUGUGCUUUGGAGAGAAGAACGUUUACACAUCAGAGGUUUUGGCCGUGGUGAUGCAGCAGCUGAUGGAGCAGAGUCCCCUCCCCAUGCUGUUAAUGCGUACCGUCAUCCAGUCCCUCACGAUGUACCCCCGUCUGGGAGGCUUCGUCAUGAACAUCCUGUCCCGUCUCAUCGUCAAGCAGGUGUGGAAGUAUCCUAAGGUGUGGGAGGGAUUUGUGAAAUGCUGCCAGAGGACGAAGCCUCAGUCGUUCAGCGUGCUCCUCCAGCUGCCUCCUGCACAGCUGACGAGCGUGUUUGAACGCUGCCCGGAGAUGAGAGAGCCUCUGCUGCAGCACGUCCACUCCUUCACACCUCAUCAGCAAGCUCACAUCCCUAACUCCAUCAUGUCGGUCCUGGAAGCAAAUAAAAAACCAGAACCGAAGCCUGUGGAGCCUGUCGUGGAGAAAGGGAUGGAACCAGAUCCUGUCCCAGUUCCAGUUGAGGAAGAGGUUCCCGUUGAAGCACUACAACGGCCGGAUACGCCAGUACAACAGCUCCCAGCAGUCAUGAAAGAGGAGGAGGAGCCGAUGGAGCAACAUGAGUCUGAUCCCGUGAUUCAGGAGGAAGCUGUCGACACUGUUCCAGAGGUGGAUCUGACACGAGCAGAGGCGACACCAUCACCUCAACCAGAGCCAGCAGAGGAAGCGAUGGAGACGUCUCAGCCUGAACCUUCAGACCUCCAUUUGCCGGAAAAAGAUGCUGAAGCCGAGACCCCAGAACCUGAGGCUGGAAGCGGGAGUGAAGAUGCAGAAUGAUACAUCGAAAAUAAAUGAACAUUUUUCUUUCCUUUGAAAACAUCUCACUGAUUUACUGUAUUUCAGAGAAAUAUCUUUCUUCUUUUUGUAUUUGUAGAAAACAGAUUUUGAAAAAAAUAAAUAAAACUAAUUCAAGGUAACUUGAUGUGUGGAGCAAUUCCAUUGAUGGUCAUUAGUUAGCAAAUAAAUAAAAAACAACAACAAAG